AUGCAAAGAUUACUUGUUUUGGCGAUCGUUGUUUGCUGUUUCAUUGCCAUCUCCGAGGCACAAUGGGGCGGAGGAUGGGGCGGAAUGGGUGGAAUGGGUGGAAUGGGUGGAAUGUACAAUCCAUGGUAUCGUCCGAUGUGGGCACGACCGAUGUGGGGGAGGCCAAUGUGGGGUCGUCCAUGGGGAGGCAUGGGAAUGUGGGGCAAAAAA